AUGAAGCUUCUAAUGUCUUCUUCGGAUCAACAUGAUGGUGAAAUGAAGAGAUUUGCUAAUUGUAUACUUGAUGUUGAAAAUAAAAAUAUUAGUUCUGCUGUUGGUGACAAGUCAGAAGUUGAAAUUUCAGAUGAUCUGCUGAUUACAACUGCUGAUGACCAUCUUUUUCAUUUGGUAGACUUUUCUUAUCCAGAUUUGUUACAAGCCAUUCCAGAUUACAUGUAUUUACAGAGUAGGGCAAUUUUCACCCCGCUUGAGAGUGUCGAGAAGGUAAACAAUUUCAUUUUGACAAUCUUCUCAGGGAUCGAAAAGGAGUGUCUAAGUUCUAACACAACAUGUCAAGUUGAUAAGAAUGAAGAUGUGCAACAAGAGUGGUUCACACCAAAGUUCCUAAAUGAAAUCAAAUGUUCGGAACUACCCAACCACAAGUUGACUUUGAAGCCUGGAAUCUCUAUAAUGCUACUGCGAAACAUGGACCAGACUUUAGGUUUAUGCAACGAGACAAAGUUAAUAGUUAAUGAACUUGGCAAUAACGUAAUUGGAGCGACGGUAGUGACCGGUAGAAAUAUUGACGACAAAGUGUACAUUUCGAGAAUGAACUUGGUUCCUUCAGAUUCAGGAUUGCCAUUUAAGUUUCAACGGAGACAAUUUCUAUAA